AUGGUUGCCCAAGGUACAUCCGCUACCACACUCGAAGGAAACGUUAUCGCAGGUUUCAACAGCAAACUGAACGCAAAGAGAACGUCGUUCCAGACUUCUCAUAGCGGUGUCGAGACCUAUCUGUAUGACAGUUAUUCUGGGUUCUCAAAGAUCCUGGAUAACCCCACGGCUUAUGGAUUCCGAGACAACAGCACGUAUGGUGACGGGGCGGAUAUAUUCUGGGGAAAUAAUUAUCACCCGUCAAGUUACGCACAUAAGUACUUUGCGCAAGACGUUGCGAAGGUGUUGGCGAAUACUGUGUGGUAA